AGAGCAGCGCCGAUCGGUCGUAGCCGACAGGCUCGCGUUUGUGUGAAAAUAAAUUAAUACAUAAUACAAGUAUGACUGACUUAAAUCUAACGUAAUUAUAAUUGUUAGUUUAUAGUUAAAAAUCAACAAUAAUGAUAACUUACUGUGUGUGUGUGGUAAAUUCGGUAUGGUGGGGGUGUGUUGAACUGCAUCGGGACUAACUUCUGUGAUUUUUAUAUUAAAAUGUGAGUUUUCAUCUCGGUUUUCGGUGAAACUAGUGAACUUCUAAAUUAUGGAACCAACCAGUGUCAAUGGAUUGCAUAAGUCAGCCAAGAUGUUCAUAAAGUCAAAGAAAUCAUUCAGGUCGAGGUCUGGGUACGAGAGUAGCGACAGUGAGGACUCUGAUGAAUCUGGAGCCGCUGAUGACUCCAAGGCGAGGUCCAAGACGGUCCACAAGGGCCGCUGGACCAAAGAGGAGGACUGUCUGCUCAAGGAGAAGGUGGAAGAGUACAGCGAGUGUUGGGAGAUGAUCGCCAAGCAUUUCCCAGAACGUACGGACGUGCAAUGUCAGCAGAGAUGGCACAAAGUGGUCAAUCCGGACCUGGUCAAGGGGCCUUGGACCAAGGAGGAGGACGAAACGGUCAUGGAGCUGGUGGAGAAGUACGGGCCGAAGAAAUGGACGUUAAUAGCUCGCCACCUGAAGGGUCGGAUCGGCAAGCAAUGUCGAGAGAGAUGGCACAACCACCUUAACCCUAACAUUAAGAAGACUGCCUGGACGGAAGAAGAGGAUAGGAUAAUUUACAAUGCUCACAAGCAAUGGGGAAACCAGUGGGCUAAGAUAGCCAAGCUACUGCCUGGCAGGACUGACAAUGCGAUCAAAAAUCACUGGAACUCGACGAUGCGAAGGAAAUACGAUCCGGAGGAAAAGUCGUCGAGGGAUGAGAAGAACAAAUCGAACAAGUCAAACCUAAAAGGGAAAACUCAACUGUUGACGCAAGCGCUGGAGCGAGCCGAGUCGAAGUUGGACGUCUUCAACACUGUGAGACAGCUGACGACGCCGAUACAUCACUACACUCCGACAACCAAUGUGAAACAAGAGUGGCAAGAGUUUGCGCAACCGUUGUCGUCUUCUCAGACGAUGAGUGAACUGUCUCCACCCAAGAUGGAAGUUGGUCUACAUCACCGAGUGUCUGACUUUGAGCUCUCUCUUGACACCCCUCCCAGACCUGCCACCGUGCCUUUAGACUCCCCUAGUCAGAGGAACUACAAUAGUUUUAGGUUUCCCGGUUUAUCCAACAAUACUAGUCCAAUGAAGCUGUCUUCGGCCGAUGAAGGUUUCGGAGAUAUAAAUGUCGCAGACUACGUGACGAAUCUGAAUGAACAUUCUAGCUUUACCUCGCCUUUGAGGCAUACCUCCCCGUUUGCUGGCUACGCUGGUGAUUACCCCAUGACCUCUAUAGAGGUAGGGAUUGUACCGUUGACGGGGACCAAGAACCUCUCUCCCCCACCUAUUUUGAGACGCCACCGGACUAGACGGCGUAGCAUAUCCGAGUGUACCGAUCUCUCUCCUGAUUACAUUUUACCUGACUUGUACUCGAGUGGGGAAGACAACUCAUUCUUGCUCGCUGGACAAAAGACGCCUGAGAAGAGUACGCCGAUCAAACAACUUCCGUUUAGUCCCUCACAGUUUCUAAAUAGUCCUAACAUGUCAUUUGACGCCACGCUUGCCUCCACUCCACUGAAAUCUCAACACAAUAUAAAAGUUAGCAGUCCUGGACUCUUAGUUACCCCCAACCCGCAGCCGUUACACAACAAAUAUCAGUCAGAAGACUCAAGUGAACCACAGACGCCUCCCAGGUCACGCAAGCCUCUCUCCGACACCCCUCGGACUCCGACACCCUUCAAGAAUGCCUUGGCCAAAAUUGGGGUGGAGAUGAGUAGACGACACUCUUACACGCCUCAAACACCAACAAGGCUGGCAGAAGACCUGCAGGAGAUUAUUAAGAAGGAACAAGACAUGUCUGAUUCUCAAUACGACAUGGAUACGUCAGAAGCCAUGAGCGAGAUGCAUGACAGUGGCUACAUGACGGUGAAAAGGAAGCCUGUGAACAAUGGUCUGUACGGCAAGGAGAACACCUUCCCUCACAAGAGGGUGAGAAAAGCUCUUGCGCCGUCUUGGUCAACCCCUGGGCUGAUGAGUGUCACUGACCUUUCCUUCAGCGAGACACCGAGCAAGUGCCUGUCCGGAAGUGAAUCGUCAGUUUUGUUUUCACCGCCUUCUAUAGUCCGAGAUGUUUUGUGCGACACAGAUGAUUCGUUCACUCAAUCGACUCAUCAGUUAAGGCUCAACUCGCCACCAAAGAGUUCGACUCCUGAACGCACCGUCGCUGUCAAACACCCGGUCUGCAAACGACUACUGGCGGACGUCCCACCCGCACCCCCACGCCGCAUCUCCAAGUUGGCUGUGAAGUGGGAGAUGGUUGCUUACGGGAAGACUCGAGAUCAGUUGGAUUUGACGGAGCAAGCGCACCAGAUCUUGGCCCAGACUAGAUUCAAACCUCGAUCGCUCAGUCUAUAGUUUCCGCCACAACACAACAAACAACAACAGUAACAGUACAACUGUACCGGUGACAAUAUUAGACUAAGUCUGUUGUCCUUGCUUUGUGCGGCCUUCAGAAACAUAAAAGUGUGAAUGGCUAAAAUGUCAUUGAACUAAAUCGUUAAAUGUCAUAAAAAAGUAGCAAGUCGACUGAUAUAAAGUUGAUAUUUAAUUAUUUUUUGUCGGGAAAAGUCAGAAAUGACUGGAAUCACAGGGUAUUAUUGUAAUAAGCUGGCAGAAAAGUCAAAUCACUUUUGUGAAAAGUAAAAAUGUUUCGACUUUCAUAAUCUGUCUUUGAAACAGUAUCAUUCAAACAAUUGACCAUCAAAAUAAAUUUUAGGCUGUUGAUCUAUUUAUAUUCUAAAUUAGACGUGAUUGUCGUAAGGAUGAUAUUUUGUUUGAAAUUAAUAUCAUAAUUUAUAAUUACAAUUUUUAGAUCAUGCUCUCGUUGGUUCUGAAGGCCGUUAUAUUUUACCGGUUGAUUUACAUCUAUAUAUAUUAUAGUAAUACAAAUAUAGAUCUGUCACAUUUAUUUGAUUAGGAGCAGUUUUAAAAUCAUAUGUUCAAAAAGUCUGUGAAAUGCUGAAGAAGCCUUGAUGAAACUUAGAAAAUUAGUUUUGUAACAACUGCAUCACUGUACAUUUUGUUCACAUUUAAUUAUUAGUUAAGAAUCAUCUCAAAUGUCUUGUGACUGAUUGGCAUCACAUUGAAUCAAAAUGAUCAAAUCUAGAUAAUUUUUGUUCCUGGUUAAGCUCAUUGCACCUUCACUAUAACUUAGACGUGUAACACUUCACUUUUUGUUUGUUUAUUUAAUUUUAUUUAAUAUUUUGUUACUUUACAAUUUUGUAUAGAUUAUAAUUUAUUCUGUACAUAUAUUUUUAUACUAACAAAUAAGUUAUGCAACUUUUAUAUUUGCUUUAAAACUCCUUUGAGUAUUCACUGAUGCAAACUUUACAAAUCACAACACACGGUUUUACUUAAUAUUGUACGGGGAAUAUUUGGUUAAAAUUUAAACUUUCUACAUAAUAAUUUAACUUUCUACAUAAUAUUUAAUUAAGAAAUAGCAUAGGCCACCUUAAAAGGAAGUAGACCAACAAGUAGGCAAUUAAGUUAAAAUUACAUAAUAAUUAGAAAUAAUGAUCUACCUCAAAUCAAAGUAUUGAAUUAGAUGGAUAAUUAAAGUGAUUAUUCAUAAUGAAGAAAUUAUAAUUAAUAAUUACUCAUAAGAUUAAACGGUGAUUAUUUUAAGUACAAACAAUAACAGGAAUCUGGAAAUACAAUAUAGUAUUUUAUUUUAGUUUUAUUUAGUACCUGAUAAAAAUCAUAAUGAUUUUAUAGUUUAGGAUCUGAAACAGUCUCUCUUUUAAGAAUAUAGUUGUACGAGAGUUGUAUUUUAGAAAUGCAAAAUAUGUGUAAAAUAUUAUGUAAACUUGCUUUUGCUUACUUUUUUAAAUUCUUUCAUUAUAGUGUUCAUAAAAACAAUAAUAAGCAAAUUAAUUAAAUGAUACGCAUUUACAUUAUAUUACUAUGCAUGGUAUUAUGCAUAAUAUUAUCAUGCACCGGUUUUAAUGGCAUUUGAUUAUUGUUAAACUUUAAUAUUUAUGUGUUUUGAAAAACUAAAAAAACAUUAGAUAAAAAUCGCAAUCGUUUAACACAAAUCUUAAGGUAGCUUUUACUUUCCCGGUGGAGAAAUAUUAAAACUGACACCAUACUGUUUUUUUUAGGUGUAAACCUACUAAAGUAAUUUACUUAGACCAGUUCAUUAACCCGAGUGCAUUUCAAUACAUAAGUUCCAAAAACAAAUCUGAAGUUUGGUAAAAAAGAGCAUUCUAGAUUGUCAAUGUAGAAGUUUUAAGUGUAAAAAAUUUGCAUAUACUGACAUAUUGCUAGUUUAGUAUCCAAUUUCAUUUUUGACCAUACUCCUCCAUUAUUGAUUGUAAAGUUAUAUUGUUGUAUAAAUACUAUCAUCAAUCCAAAUGAACAUAUUUUGACAAAUGUAAUGGCAUAGCUGUAAAAAAUUUUAUGACAAUUUUUACUUUUCUGGUCUUUCCUUCUAAUUUGCUCAAUAAAUUUUAGUUUUAAGCAUCACAAAGAGCCUCACCGAAAAAUCAUGACAUUAGAAAUUGUUUUUUUACCAUAAUUGUUUGACCCUGUCACAAUUCUUUGUAAAGUUAAUAAUAUUUUGAACAAACGUUGCUGUAGGUUAGCUUACUUAAGUAGGGAUAUAAUAUAUUGUUUUAGUUGUUAUUGUUAAUCUUUGUAAUGAUAAUAGAUUAGGAUGUACAGCAUUUAUGUUUUUACAAUCAAAUAAAAGUACAAAGUAUCAUUUUUGUUAAAUAUAUGUAUUUCCCGGUAUCCACUAUUAUAUAGUUUGGAAGGGUUGUGAUUCUGCCUUAAAAUAUAUACAAAUUUCUUAAGUUACACUUUUACAAUAUUUAAUUUGCUGAAGGAUAAACUAUGU